GUUUGUACAACAUAUUGUAGCCAACUACAUCGACUCUUCUCUACCUCUCAUGACGAUAUAUAAUUGACCUAGAAAAAUCGAUAUAUCGUAUUUCUAUGGUUUAUUGUUGCGACGCGACAACCCCACCAUGCAAGCCACGCGCAUCCGAAGUGGAGUCGCUGCAUCCAGGUUGUUGGGAUUGGGAAGGUGGACAACUACAACCGUCCCGACAUUCUCGACGAAAUUUUCUGGUGUCAAAUCGGAUAUACGGGUUAUAAAACGGCCAAAAUUUCAAUCGAGAUCUUUCCACACUCGGCAAGAUAUCCCUAUCAGACCGAAUCUUUUGACCCAAUAUGCCCGGCUACUCCUAGGAUUCGUUCCAGUGUUAUUUUUUCUUUCGUCUUUACAGAAUCUGGAAGCUGAGUCACCAGAUAAACUUGAUGUAUUAGAGAGGAAAAUCAGGCUGAGCGAAGUAAAAAAACAUGGCCCUACUUCAGAAAGACCUUGGGUCAUCAGAGGGGUGAAGGUUUACGACAUUACGGAUUGGAUACAGGGGCAUCCUGGGGGUGAGGUUAUUUUGAGGGCUGCAGGUGGAAGCGUUGAUCCUUAUGUGAGUAUUUUUUCUCCUUUUUUCAAAUCAGAUUAAUUUAGAUGGCUUGUAUGAAAUUUGUCUGAGAUCAUCCCUUGGGAGGCUAGUUCAAGUGAACAAAAUUGGUUGCAGUUGAUAGAUGUGGGAGCUAGGUUUGGACAAAAGUUCAUGUACCAAACUCAAAAGAUUUCUUAAGCGAGAUGUCUCAUGGAAUGGAAGCGAAUUACGUGACUUUGAAGACAUCCAAUGAGUAAUUUGCCUGUUGAAGGAAGAGUACGAAAUACUGACCGUUUCAGUGGAAAAUCUUCGGUAUCCAUCAAAAGCAAGAAGUCUACGACAUUCUCGAAAUUUAUCUAAUAGGGGCUGUCGACCCCCAAGAUCUGAAAGAUGGUGCUGUCCCCUCAGACAACAUUGAAGAUCCCUUUGAACACGAUCCUAAACGAGACCCCAAACUCCACCAACACACUUCCAGGCCAUGCAACGCAGAAACCCCCGGUGAAGCACUGGCAACAUUCAUAACACCAAACAACGUAUUCUACGUCCGGAACCACAUGUGGGUGCCAUCACUACCUCCGAACACCCAUCUCACAAUCGAAUUGCCGGACGGCGAAGAAGUGACCUAUACCCUCAAAGACUUGAAAGAGAAAUUUGAACAACAUACAAUAACUUCAACUCUCCAAUGUUCAGGAAAUCGUCGCGCUCACAUGACAUCCUCUUGUGGAAACACCUCCGGUCUCCAAUGGCAAGUAGGCGCCAUAGGAACAGCAACCUGGACCGGUCCAUAUCUUCGCGACAUCCUCUCUCACGCAGGUUUCCCCGUUUCCUCCCCACCGCCAGAUGCAAAACACAUACAAUUUCUCGGUCACGAAGCGUACGGGGCCUCAAUUCCAGUCCAAAAAGCCAUAUCACCAAAUGGCGACGUCAUUAUAGCUCAUUCCAUGAACCACCAGCCCAUUCCAAAAGAUCACGGAUAUCCCCUUCGCGUUAUCGUCCCGGGCCAUGUCGCAGCUAGAAGUGUGAAGUGGUUGAAAAGCAUCGUGAUUAGCGAUGAGGAAAGUACCUCCCAAUGGCAGCGACGAGACUAUAAAUGCUUCGGUCCCAACGAGGUUGGAUCUGAAAAUUGGGAGACCGCAAAGUCGAUCCAGGAAAUGCCUGUCAACAGUGCUGUUACAUCCAUUACUCCUCGAAAAGAAGGGGGCUUUUUGGUGAAAGGAUGGGCGUACUCGGGUGGUGGGAGAGAGAUUGUUAGGGUGGAUGUUAGUACAGAUGAUGGGAAAAGUUGGAAUCAAGCUACGUUAGAGCUUCCUGAGGCGAAUAUGGGGAGCAAAUAUUGGGCCUGGAAACAGUGGCAGUAUAAUAUUGAUACCCCUAAAGGAGGUUCCACGCAAUCAACCUCCACCGAGAAGGAAAAGAUGAUUCUAGCUGUCAAGGCUACAGACGAAGCAUACAACACUCAACCCAAGGAUUUCCAACCCAUCUAUAAUGCGAGGGGCAAUCUUGCUAUAGCCUGGCAUCGAGUACCUGUUGAAGAUGCAGUUUCUGUUGCGAAGAAAGAACGAGGGGGCUGGUGGCGAUGAAUGAAGUGUACAGUACAGUUUGUGGUUGCCAUGUAUUUCUUUACCCGAUUCUCUCAUGAUUCGAAGAUUUCCUUUGUCUAUUAUUUAACACGAGUCUGCGAUCAGCUCGAGCUCAAAAACUGUAUAAAAUCAUAGAAUUAGCAAGCG